GAACCAUAAGUCUUAAAAAAGAUGAUCUUCUAGUGGGAGCAUAGGGAGAGAGAGCACAUAAUAGUUUCACCUUCCCACGCAUCUAAAAGCAAAGGCCAAGACGUCAAAACCAGAUGACUAGAUAUGCAACACGUUUGCAAAAUAUAUAACAGAUUUGAAUACUUAUCUGAUGAGCUGCUAUUCGAGAGUAUAUGUCUGCAAUAUCAUACAGUAGUUAUUUAGUGGGAAUGAGCUUGCCUGCUGUUAUAUCUUAUCACCACAAGAGCGAGGUAAAAAAAACUCGAUGUAGUUGUUGGAAGAAUCUGUGGAAAUAAGAUAAUAUUGACCAAGAUUUAGAUCUUUCAUAAGAAGCUAAAGUAUUAAUAUGGCUGAGCAACCAAUUCUCCAUUGCGUCAAUCCAAAGAAUGCAUCAAAAUGGUUUGAAAAACUGGUCACUAGAUAGGUACACUUAAGUUUCUGAUAUCAUCAACUGAAGGAAGAUUUAUACAAAGGACAAUCUUGCAAAGGAACACAGUAGUUGUAUACUGCUUCUUCUCUUUCACAACUCACAAGUAAUCCUUGAAGCUAAUUUAACAGAACCAAUUGAUUACCACCUUAUCCCAUCUGUCAAAAGCCUGAUGCAACAAAACAGCAUAUGAAUUUUUAGACGAUGAGAAGCUGGUGAGAAGCUAUUGUAACAGCAUAUUGGUUUUUUUUUGUUAAAAUUGUAUCAAAUCCUCCAUCAAAACUCUAUCAAAUCCCCCAUCAAAAUCUCCAUCAAAUCUCUAAAACCCACCAAAUCCCACCAGAUCUAAAACCCUCAGAAUUUUAUGAAAUCCCUAAUACAAUAAGCCCCCCCUAAGUUUGAUUAAUAUACGGUAUAAGUAGAAAAGUUUAUGGAUGCAAGUAGUUGCAAAUUAAUCGAGAACAACAACAUAAUAUACAGCUUUGUCCGCGUUUUUGAACAGAGGUUACAACAAAGAUAUUAUUGUUUACUGAAUCGAGAAAAAUAUAAUUUAUUAUAAGAUAAAAUAUUUAUUUUAAUUAGUCUUUCUUAAAGUCAAGUGUGAGGAGGACAAAAGGUUUGGUGUGUAUGAUUAUAGUUUAUGGGCUGCACAUGAUAUGUUUAACGAGUUAUUGUGGACCUUUUACACAUAAUCAAGCUGCUCUUUGUUGUGUGUAGAAGAUUUUCCACGCUGAUUUUCAUAUAAAUUCACUCGUUUUUUUGCUUUAUUCCUUAGAAAUCUCUAAUAGUUUUUAUAAAAAAAAUCUCUUUAACGUGCAUUGAGAUGAAGAGAUUAGAUGGUCCAAGAAGAGCCCAUAGAUGGAAACUCUCUAUGAAAUCUCUCCUUUGUUCAAUGUUUUUCUCCUCUUCACUUGCUUUAUAAAUUUAAGAAUCCAUCAUUUUCAUAUUUCAUCUAAAUGUUUUUUUUUAUGUAGCUGCAAUGUGACGGUGGUGAGAUCAAGAAAAAACCUGAAAUGGGAAAACAUGGAUAGAGAUAUUUUGGUCAAGAUUUUCGAAAAACUCAACGUAAUAGAUGUUACCAUGGGAGCAUCACGUGUCUGCAUCUCUUGGUUCCUUGCCUCUCACGAAAAAUCUCUUUGGAAAACCAUCAACCUCACUAAUCUCCAACGUGUGGACUUCAGCCAUCCUCGAUUACCAAACUCCCGGGUCGAAGAUGAAAAGGUAAACGAACAUGUGUACCGUUGCAAUACGGUUUUGUUUGAAAGCACCAAAUUUAGCAGCACUGUCCCCAUCAACCUGUUCUUCAACUAUGAUACCUACUUAACUGAUGAGGAUCUCAUUGACGCUGCGCAACGGAUGCCAAACAUAAGAAAGCUUGUGUUACCACGAUGGUGCCAUUUAAGCGAGAACUCAUAUCAGUUUGCAUUCAGGCAAUGGAAGAAUCUCCAAACGCUAAUCAUUGAUCAACGUCACACAUCAUUAACCUGGAGACACAAGAUUCAAGCUAGCGGAGAGAACUGUAUAAACCUCACCAACUUUAAAACUCUGGGUUGCCUUAACGAAGUUGUGGUUGAGGAAAUCGUUCGUUGCUUUCCAAACCUCAAGAAGCUGAGUUUGCGUUUUUGCGACAUCAUUGAUAUUGGUAGAGUUUUGCCUCUCAUCACAAGCCUCAAAAACCUAACGACCCUUAACCUCUCGCACUGUAGAUUUCUACAGAGAGGUGCCUGUAUAAUUGGUAGCCGUGAACUUGACAACAUUCUUUGUGAGAUUGCCAGAUAUAAGUGUGAGACAUUGAUCAUGUUGUGUUCAUAUGUCGAUUGCAAGUCCUGCAAAGAUGCAAGAAAAGAUUCAUAUGUCAUUGUCAGAUUACAUGCUUUUUUCGAGAAGAAUUGGCGGAACGAUGAGAUAGAGGAAUUUGAAUUCUGAAACGUUGUAAAAAAUCUGUUGAUGACUCUAAACGUAACAAAUUAUUAUAUUCUGUUCCAGAAGCAACAUUUCUCUUAUAUUUUUAGCUCUUAGUUAGUACUAAACAUUACAUCGCUUCACUUCUAAGUUGCAAUUCUGGUUGAAAUUUGCACAACAAAACGAUUGAUCAUAGGUAUACACAAUAAAAUUUAUAUUUAUUCUAUUUUUAUUCGAUUCAUUAGGUUUAUAAAAUACUUAUUUACAAACCAAUUUUUUAUUCAAUUUUUAGGAAGAGAGGCUCCAACAAAUAUUUAUAAGAACAUUUCUAGUGAAAUUUCUCAUUCAUUUGUAAUAGAGUAAAUCUGUAAUCAACUUACUCUAUUUUAAAAUGAAAAAUCAACCGACCAAAAAUAAAUUAUUUUAUUUAUAAAAUAAAUUUAUUUUUUAUUUUAUUAUAGAAUGAAAAAUGAAGUAGGAUUAAAUAUUUUUUACUCAAAAUUUUUAUCUUUUAUUUUAAAGUGAAAAGUGGAAUGAAGUGAAAGAUGGUAAUGAGAUAACAACCAUCGCCAAUAUUUUUGGCAGACAUACCACGGGAAAACGGCUUAUUCAUGCCCGAACUAGAGGUCGCUGAGAAAAUACAUACCCCAACUUUUACUGCAUGUCAAAACAUACUUUCACUAAUCAAAAAUUUGAAAUUCAUGCCUGAACUAGGGAUCGAUAAAAAAAUACAUACCCCAACUCUUAUUGCAUCCCAAAACAUACCUUAACUAAUCAAAAAAUUUGAAAUUUAUGCCUAGUCUUUAGAAGUCAACCCUAAUCUGAAUCUAUACUAUUAUUUGCGAAGUAAUUUUUCGCAACAAAGCUCUCACGUUUAAAAUUAGAGCGGUUAAAGUCUAUGUUACCCCUAAUGAAUUUUUAUAUAUAUUUUAUUAUAUAAUAAAAUGAAUUUUAUUUGCGAAUUAAUUUUUCGCAACGGAGCUCUCACGUUAAAAAUUAGAGUGGGUAAAGUCUAUGUUACCCUUACUAAAUUUAUAUAUAUAUAUA